GCUAAUCACAUGAUCAGGCUGCUGCCGCCGCUGUCGCUACUGUCGAGCUGUCAAAGACAAUCCAAACUGUCAACAACACAGUUACUGUUGCACUCAUUUGAUUAUCUCUGGCGUGAUGGAGCUAGUAUGGAGUGGUUUGCACUCCCCGUGACAUGAGGACUGACGCAGGAUCCCGCCGCCUUGCAUCUCUUCUCCAAGAGCACAGCCGAUCGCUGUCAUGGCCUCCAGCUACCCGCCCCCUUUUGAAGGCACAGGUGAAGUGAAGGAGGGCUUUCUUUGCCCAUUGUGCCUCAAGGACCUGCAGUCAUUCUACCAGCUCCAAGACCACUACGAGGAGGAGCACUCUGGGGAUGACCGCCAUGUUAGAGGACAGCUGAAAAGUUUGGUUCAGAAGGCAAAGAAAGCUAAAGAUAAGCUGUUGAAGAGGGAUGGAGAAGACAGACCGGACACUGGCAGCUAUGAGUCCUUCUACUAUGGUGGAGUGGACCCCUACAUGUGGGAGCCUCAGGAGCUGGGGGCAACUAAAAGCCACCUGGACUUCUUUAAAAAACACCGGGCAGCCAGGAUAGAUCACUACGUCAUUGAGGUCAAUAAACUUAUCAUCAGACUGGAAAAGUUGACGUCUUUUGACAGGGUGAACUCGGAUGCCGCCAAAAUCAGAGCCAUUGAGAAGUCAGUAGUGUCAUGGGUGAACGACUCAGAUGUCCCGUUCUGUCCUGACUGCGGAAACAAGUUCAACAUCCGGAACAGACGGCACCACUGCCGUCUCUGUGGGUCCAUCAUGUGUAGGAAGUGCAUGGAGUUUGUCCCCUUACCUCUGGCCCAAAAGCUCAUUAGUGGGACACGAGAGGCCCUGUGUGUACCUGGAAGCCCCAGUCAGUCCCAGUCUCCCCCAACAGGGGGUGGCGGUGGCAGUGGGAUGGGCUCUAGGAGAGGCAGCAUCAGCAGCCUGAGCAGCGUCACCUCCAUGCUAGAAGAAAAGGACGACGAGAAGAUUCGCUGCUGUCACCACUGUAUGGACACACUGCUAAAGAGACAACAGAAACUGGAAGAGAAAGACCACAUGCCUGACAUAGUGAAACUUUACGAGAGGCUGAGGAUGUGCAUGGAGAAAGUGGAUGAAAAGGCUCCAGAAUACAUCAGAAUGGCGGAGUCUCUCAAUGCCGGAGAAACCACAUACAGUCUUGACAAGGCUGGUGGACUGAGACUGGAAGUACAGAAAUACUACGAGCUAAUCGAUGCCCUAAGUAAGAAGAUUUUAACACUGGGAGUGAAAGAUGAUCCACCUCCGCAUCCAAAGACACUCCAGCUUCAGAAGAUGAUCCGCUAUACAGCCACGCUGUUUGUCCAGGAGAAGCUGUUAGGUCUCAUGUCUUUACCAACUAAGGAGAAAUAUGAAGAGCUGAAAGAAAAGAGGAAACAGGAACAAGAGAAGCGACUCCAACAAGAGAGACUGGCAGCACAGGAGGCCCUGAAGAGGAGGCAGGAGUCUGAGAGAAACCGUCCACCUGCCAGCACCAAUGGAGAGCUGUCGCAGGCCCCUAGAGCGCCACGCAUGACCAAAGCUGGUGGUUGGUUGCCCUCCUCAGACUCUGCCAAUGCACGUAGUGAGCUGGAUGACCCCCUCCUGCAGCAGAUCAAGAACAUUCAGUCAUUCCUUCGUCAGGCGCAGGAGGCCCAGAGGGCAGAUGAGGUAGCGAUGCUUGAGGAGAACUUGCGUCAGCUGCAGGACGAAUAUGACCAGCAGCAGACCAGCCUGGCCAUCGCUCUCUCUCAGAAGCUGGCUGAGGAAGAGAGCCUGCAGCAGGGGGAGCUCAAUCGCCUGGAGGCCUGGGAAAGGGAAGAGAGGGAGCACAGGGGCCCUGCUGUGGGCUCCAUCCAACCUUCUUUCACCUGGGAGAAGUCUCUGGAUAUCAGCCCAGCAGGGGGCUUUCAGGGAGAGGAAGACACAGCAGCAGAGGACUUGACUCCUAAAGCUGAGAGGAGCCCCUCAUCUGUAAGAGCGUUCCCUGCUCUCACAAGCCAAGAGGAGUCACCUCCCAGGUUGAGGAGCUUAGGGGGGCAUGUAACCCCUCCUGGUGGCGAAGGACAGAACAGCAGCUCCCUUAACCCUUUCGAUGAAGAAGACUCUACUCCCGUUGAGGAGGAUCCAUCUAAUCCCUUCUCUGAGGACAUCAAAAAGGAACACAAAGAAGUAACCAAUGGAAAGAAAGAAUACAACCCCUUUGAUGACGAUAAUGAAGAGGAAGUUGAGGAGGACAAGCAGGCUGAGACUGCACCUGGCAACCCCUUUGAGGAGGAGGACGAUACUGACGCAGGUAACCCUUUCAUGGAGGCCUCUGGGAAUUCUCCUGGAGCCUCGACCAACCCCUUUGACGGGGAGGAUGAUGAUGAGGUUUUGCCAGAUGUGGACAUGAUAGAGGAGGAACUGCUGCUACAGCAGAUUGACAACAUUAGGGCCUACAUUUUUGACGCCAAGCUGAACGGCCGUCUCGAUGAAAUGGAGCUCCUGUCAGAGAACCUGAGAGAGCUACAGCACACCCUGCAGGAACAGAAGAAAAAGAAACACUGAUACCUUUCCCUCAAAAUCCCUCUCAUCACCUGCUACUUACCAAGUUAUUGAAGACUAACUCUGAGCCCACUCAUUUUAGUUUGGGUGAGGUACCACAGAAAGAUUAGGUUAUUUCCAAAAUUAAACAUGUACUAGACCUCAGUAAUCUGGAGUAACUCACUUAAUUUCCUAACAUCUUUCUAACCACUUGUGUUGUACAGGGUCGCAGGGGCUGGGGCUAAUCCCAGCAUACACUGGAUGAAAGGCGGCAUACAGCCCGGACAGGUUAAUUUUUAAGCACUGCAAGUAAAAAUUCAUUUUUACAGGGCAUGUACAGUACUGACCCUGUUGUGUAUUUAUACGAUGGAAGACUGAAGAAUGCCAUUUAUAAGAAAGAUGUUUUUUUCAAUUGAGUGUCGUCUUGUGGAAAUCAGAUUAUUUGAUUUCUGGCAGAAGCUAUAAACAGUGUCAAAAUGUAACCAUAGCUUAGGUAUAAAUGGGAGCCACGGAACAACUGAUGCAUGUUUAAAAAUCUAGGGCUCUUCUUGUUGCCAGAUCUUUAGUACAUUUGAGUUAAAGGAUAAGGCUCUCCAAUUUUCAAAAUCUUUCUUACUGUCAAUGAAUCUCAUGUGCAGAUUCAAACCAACAACAAAUUGAUUUAUUUACAAGUAUUGGACAUGUCUCCGAAUACAUUUUAUUCGUCUGUGCAGUAGACCUCUGUUGUUGUCCAAAAACUAUUAAAAAAUGUGUUAAUGAGUCACACUGCUGCACAUGGUGAUGUUUCCUCACUCCAAAGAGUAUGGGCACGUUAGUUUGUUUACCAGCGAUCAUGUUUUCAGUCUCUGGAGAGUUGUUC